UUUCUUUUCUUUUCAUUCGUUAGAAACGUAUACUGUUUCUUUUGUAUUACAUACGAUAUACGAUAGUGGCCAUUCUUAUUGAAUGUUUCAUCUACGUCAUCCAUUGAAAUAACCUUCUUUUGAUUUUAUUAUACAAUUCGAUACGAUCCUUAUCGAUGUAAUGUCGUUUAUUCAUUAUUAUCAUAAUUAUAUUCGUACCAAAAUUGUGCGGUGUUAAAAAAGUCUUGCGUGACACAUUUAGAUAACACACUCGGUUUGAUCAUCGAUUUUUUUUUAAAUAUGCGUGCAUGUAUUUACUUACAUUUACAUGUGAACAAAAGUAUUACGAUUUUUUACAAUAAUAUUUUAUGAGACUUAAAUAGAGUCACAGUUUUAAUCGAUAAAUUUAAGGAUCAUCAAGAUAUUUUCAGCAUAUUUUCAAAGUUCCUUUUUAUUAUUCUUAAUACUACAAUUACAUACGUUACAAAACGAGUGUCCACGAUUGGACGACAUUUGAUUGAUCGAAGAUCAUUAAGCGCAUUCAAACGUUAUAUUUGAUACACAUAGCGUCAUCGUUAAUGCGCAUGUCUCAUAACAUAUAUAUAUAUAUAUAUAUGUGUGUGUGUGUGUGUGUCGUGCGUGCGCUACAUAAAAGAGCUACGUGUUACGGCAAUCUUCCAAUAAUAUAAUGCACAGAUCGUACUCGUCAUUUCUUAUUUUUAACUUAUAUAACUUCAUAACACAAUAUUAAAUUUUAUUUUAUAUUUUUUUUACUGGACAUAAAUUGAAAGCAUUAUAAAUUGAAAACAUAAUGUUAAUAAAAAAAAAAAAUUCGAUGCAACUUUUAUUUUCGACUCGUAAUAAUGUAAAUAUCAAUUAAAGAUUCUUAUUGGUUGAAAUUGGCGCGCAAUAUAUUUGUCGUACGAUUGGUUAGAAAAUGAAAAGAAAAAUGGCCGACAUUCAAGCGUUCUCUAUCCAUUUUUUUGUUUCCUUUACUCUCUCUCUCUUUCUCUCUCUCUUCUCUCUUUUUCCUUCUCUUUCUCUCUCUCUCCUUCUCUUUUAUUAUUCUUUCUUUCUUAAGCAACAUUUAAUUAAUGAUUACUUAACUAUAUCUCAUUAGGCGUGCUCCAUUGUUGAUCCUUUUCCCUUAUCUCAUCGACGCAAACGCGCUUACGCCUUUUACGCCCGUACGAUAGCACGUAAUCGAUCUGGGCGGUGUUUUCUCAUAUUCAUCUCGUGUCCUUUCGUCGUCGAUCGCUGUCAGAACCAUCCUAUCGAUACAGUGGAAAUCGUGUAACGUGAUCAAUUGAAGAGAUUAUUAAAAAGAAUUUUAUUAUAGAUAUUAAAAAUAAACAGAAAGAAUGGAUCAAGGAUUUCCGGGUCAACAUACGACAACAACCACCGUCACUACUUCGACGACCACCAUUCAACCUAAUGUACGAUUUGAUCCAUCUUAUGUGAGAACAUUACCGGGUAUUCUCAAAAUUAUUCAAGUGAUAUUAAAUCUCUUGGGAUUCAUAUGCAUCACUGUGUCGAUUUAUAGCAGCCACAGUAGAGGAGGAUGGUUCAAUACCGUGGCUAUGGGUGGCUUUUGGUUCACCGGUGUUCUUCUUGUUCUUUAUUUAUUCCAUAUUGUUGAGAAGUUUUCCAGAAUUCCAUGGUUAAAAAUCGAAUUCAUAUUCUGUUCGAUUUGGACGGCGUUCUAUCUUCUGGCUGCUUCCUUAGCAGCUGAUUAUGGCCGGAUUUCUGAAUCUUUCGCCGUUGCAGCGUUCUUUGGUUUUUGUGCCAUGGUAGCGUAUGGUUAUGACGCUUGGUUGAAGUUCACUGCAGCGAAAAGCGGAGCUUUGGCUCAGGGUCAACAUAUGCCAAAACAAGUUUCAACCGUUACCAGUCCCGCAUAUUAAUUUUUAUAGGUAUAUAUUAAUAUAUCUGUAAUAGUUGAUGACGAAAGAAGAAUAUGAAGUCAGUUCAAUAUGAAUCUCCUUGGACGAUCUAUAUUGGAUUCGCGAAUGAUCAUCAUUGAAGCAAAUGUUUUUUUUUAAUUUUACACGAUAUUAGUAUUAGGCUAUAAUAAGUUAUUAUUAUAUCGAUCAUUUAUUUAUCUCAUUCGAAUCUCCUUAGUCGUAUCUGAUGAGAAUGAUAUGGACGACGCGUUGUUCGAUGUUGUAUAGUUGAAACGAGUAUACAAACACAAAGCUCUUUAUUUCUCCGUUUCUCUUUGUUGUAAGAUGUCUGAACAUAAAGCCUUUAAUUCCUUGAAAGUUUUCAAGAAUAGUAUAUAAUAUUUAAAUAUCUAUUUAAAAAAAAAAUUAACUAUUAAUUUUACAAAUGGAAUGAGUUUAGUAUUCUUAACAUAUAUCCAAGACUAACUUUUAUUUGUUUUAUUAAUAUAUCUUUUUUUCUACCUUCAGAUUCCGCGUACGUAAAAAGAAUAAUUAUUAUUAAAUGCGGCGACACCUCGGAACUUACCGAUGACCAAACUUUUUUUUAAAGAAAUUCGCGUUUUUUCAUAAAUGUUUGAACGUGGGGAACACAAGUAAUUAAGUUUAGCGAUAAUAUCGACCAUCUAUUGUUAAUGUUUAGAUGAUAUUUAAUAUUGUUUAUUUAAAUCAGUAGAGUUGAUCGUUGUUCAUUGUUUAUUAAAGCAAUACUUAUAAAAUCGAACAUUUACGUAUAUCAUACAAACGAACACAUAUCCUUGUUUUUUAUACUCAUCGUAUACUUAAACUUUUUCAAAUAUGUCCUCUGCAUUAUGGGCUGCCGUCUAGUAUAUAUGUAUGUAUGUAUACAUUUAUAUAUAUAUUAUGAUAGUUUCGCCGCAUAUCGUAAAAUGUUACGCUUAUGAGGUCAACCAGAACUAAAUGUUGCUUUACGAUAUGCCUUAUCAUAUCAGCAUUUUGAUGGGCCAUCGUUUGGACUUGUCAAGAAAAUAUUUUAAAUACGCUUAGCAUUUUUAUGAAAAAGGCGAUGCCUUAUAGUGAAUAUUUACGUAAAAUAUGUGAAUCAUAUAUAAAAAAAAACGUUGACCAAAUAAUCCAUAUAUAUAUAUAGAUAAUUGUUACGAAUAAAUUAUUUAAUCGUUUCACGUUACUCAUAUCGUGAUUCAUACGAUCAUGUUAAAAUUGUGCGCGUAAAAUGCAUUGUAAAUUAUAUUUUUAUUAAUUUUUAUUCGAUCGACUCGAUACAGGUACAUCAUAUGUAUAAAUAUAUAUAUAUACGUCGUAGAUAUAUUAAACUAAAUAACUAAUUUAUUAAUCUUCAGCGACGUGAAUGCGUGUAUGCCGGCUGAGCGGAGUGUAGAAGGGGAAGAGAUAUAAAUAGACGAAAAUAAAAUCAAACAGAUAAAAACACUUCUUUAAAUCUAAAGGAGUAAA